GACUGGCGCGUUUCUCGGCGGUAGCAUCAAACUCUCCGUUCUCUUAGAAGUGUUUUUGAGCUGGUAUCGUUUUGCAUUAGGUACAGGUGCGAGAAUCUUAACCGAAGAUACUAUUUACGGACUAUUUUGACGAUCUGUGCGCGAACGGUUCAUCCGAAAUAUUCUGUGUAUUUGUGGUCUAGUUAGAUAAGCGAACAAUUUUGAACAAUUUGAUUAGAUAAAUUCCUCUGUUCUUUGGGUCUUUGCUAAUUUCGUAGCCGAAUAUCAGUGUCAAUUUCGUGUAGGAGCUUAUGUUAAUCCAGUAAAUGUGAGGUGAUAUUAAAACAAGUGGAACGCUACAAACGAGUUUCAUUUUAAUGCAAAUCAAUAGGAGGAGCUUAUAACGGCAGUCUAAAGGUGAACCAACUAAUUCAAUUAGUUUUCUGGAACGGUUGAAAAGGUAGCAAAGUGAAAAAUUGCCACUCGCAAUCUGCGACCCACUUAGAAGUGCAAAAUAGUGAAGCUAUUUAAAAUUUACAAUUCCAAAUCAUCCUAACUGCGUUAAGGUGGUCGUACUCUGAUUCUCGGUUCGGGAAAAAUACCACUCAAAACCGCAAGUGGCUACUAAAAAUAGAUAGCUCUCCUUUCUGAGUUGAAGAUACGAAUAGUCGAACCACUGUCGGAAAAUAAGUUUGUGAUGAUUUUCCAUGAAAGUGUGUAGCAAAACAAGACAAGCGGGAUGUCUCAGCGUUUGUUUCGUCAGUAGAGGAAAAUCAACAGCUGUGUCGGGGAAAUUCUUGUCUGUCAAGAGCACAUUGCAUUGCAUUUAUAGCCAGCGUUGGAGCUACAAGUAGAGGGCGGAAUCGUGUGAAAAUUGUGUGCUCAGCAAAGCAGAGAGUGUCAGGUUUUUCUUUUACUGUCCUGGGUGACAAACAGCUGUUCCAACCCCCCGAAGAGGAGCCAAUAAACUAAUAAACUAGUCAAUUGCGGGUGAAUCGGAUAUAAACCGGUCGACACUCACGUACUGCAUCAACUGGUCAAUCCAACAAAAAUGAGCGAGCAGGAACAGGCAAAACUGGAUGCCAGCAAACAGGCUGCCAGCCCGGACGAUCUGGAUGAUCUGAGCCCGAUGCCGCAAACGGCCGUUCCGCCGGUGCGACGACGUGGUGGAAUCUCAGCUGAACCGGUCAGCGAAGAGGAUGCCACUAGCUACGUGAAGAAGGUCGUUCCCAAAGAUUACAAAACGAUGGCCGCUCUGUCGAAGGCGAUUGCGAAGAAUGUGCUCUUUUCCCACCUGGAUGAAAACGAACGAUCGGAUAUAUUCGAUGCUAUGUUUCCGUGCAAUUUUUUGCCAGGGGAAUCGAUCAUCCAGCAGGGCGACGAGGGUGACAAUUUUUACGUUAUAGAUAUUGGUGAAGUUGAGGUCUUUGUAAAUAACGAGCAAGUGACGACAAUUAGCGAGGGUGGUAGCUUCGGUGAGCUGGCUCUGAUCUACGGAACACCCCGAGCCGCUACGGUACGUGCCAAAACUGACGUCAAGCUGUGGGGAAUCGACCGGGAUAGCUAUCGGCGUAUUCUGAUGGGUUCUACCAUCCGGAAGCGGAAAAUGUACGAGGAAUUCUUGUCACGAGUUUCGAUUCUAGAAAGUUUAGACAAAUGGGAGCGUCUCACUGUGGCAGAUGCGCUGGAACCGGUCACAUUCGAGGAUGGCGAAACAAUUGUUAAACAGGGCGAACCAGGAAAUGAUUUCUACAUCAUCGUGGAAGGAUGUGCCACCGUUAGGCAGAAGCGGGACGAGAACGAGGAACCCGCCGAAGUUGGCCGGCUGGGACCGAGCGACUAUUUUGGCGAAAUUGCCCUGCUACUGGACCGUCCACGAGCUGCAACCGUAAUCGCGCGAGGAUCGCUAAAAUGUGUCAAACUGGAUCGCGCCCGCUUCGAGCGGGUGCUCGGCCUAUGCGCGGAUAUUCUCAAACGAAACAUCACACAGUACAACAGCUUCGUUUCGCUAUCGGUCUAAGUGUCUCAGUGUAGAACAAGUCCAUCAAAACAAAACAUAAUGCGAAAUAGAACCGCAUCACUUUUAUGCAACAAACCGCAGUAGGAAAAAAACAAAUGACACACUUUACUGCUUACGAAACAAUGAACAAAACACAAAAAAGCCAAUGUUACGUAGUGAACAAAUAUUUAAAAUCCCUUUUCCUUGAUUCGGAUCGGUUCAAUGGAUGUGAAUCAAUGUGACAAUUUAUGUUAUCGUUCUUAACUACAAUCCAGGCCAACUGGCAAAUAUUUGCCAGCAUCGGCUCUGCCACAUAUUUACUUAACUUCCAAGAUUCUAGAUAGCAGCGAUUAGCACACACUUUGACAUUAGGUUCUUAUCUUUCAUCUUGUAUUGCCCAUUUAGAAAAGCAUGUAGCAAAUGUUGGAAAAUAAACAUAACAAAAUUACAACAAACUGAAACAAACCGUGACUUUAGAGGAGUUGUCUUAUUCUCAUUGUAACAUUUAUUAGUGUUUAUUCAAAUUACAUGUAAACAGAAAAGAAAAUGACUAUAUAAUACAAUUACUGUAGAUCAGCUGUAAGAGUGUAUUUAAACAAUAUGUUGAAUGAUCAAGCAUGCAGUAGAAAAACAAAAUGUGUUAUCUGUUAAGGAACGAGCUGAAACAAGCGCAGACGAAAUUAGUUAGAUUUUUUCUCUAUACUAUUUGUAGUGUUGCUGCUAAGGAAACAGUGUCUGUGUGUGCCGAGCAAAUAUCAAUCCGCAUGUGUGCAAAAAAUAGCCACAAACAUUAGGGACAGAAAAGAAAACUUAAAAAAAAAACAAAUUACAGUAAAUUUAUAUUGCAACACAAUAACACUCAAACGUUGCAGUUCAUUUUAUUAGAAGAUAUGGGCAGCAAAGAUGGAAUUGAGCACGUGAUCGAUUCUAUGGAAGCACUAGAUAACAUUGAUGCACGAGAACGUGACUCUGUACGAGGGUGUGAGUAGAAGGUGAAACAGAUGCCGAAGGGAAAGCCAACUAUUUUUUAGGGAAAACUUUGCUUACAAUAAAACAAGAAGUAAAAGAUUAUAGACAUUCACACGACAAAAUAGUACACAAAGAAACAUACACAUUCAUUAAUGCAUAUUUGCGGUGAUGUUCAAUGAAAUAUUCUAGAAUGGGAUAAAGUGAUAAGUUUGCUCUCCAUCUUAACUGUUAGGUGUAUAACCAAACCGUCUGUUGGAAGUUUAAUCAAUGGAUGAAGAAGAAACAACCUAGAAGCAACAAUAGUACAUGUAACAUUGUUCAACAACCGGGAAAAAUAUUUACGUUUUCCAGCAGCAUACAUGGUUCAUAUAUUUUCCGUAUAUUCUAUCGGAUACUUUAAAUUUCUAAUCUCUACAGAUGAUCCCCAAUGAAAUUGUUCUGUUAAAAUUAAAUAACAUUAACUAUUUGUUUUAGUAAUGUGACUUGUUAGAAUCUGAAUAGUCAGUUCCUAACCACAAAUACUGUUAAAAUGCAUGAUUUUGCAGCAGCCAGAAUGUGACUCAGCUUCAGCCUCAAGUAACUACGACAUUUGUUUAUUUUUGCAUUGUAUUGCUUUAGCAUAUAAAGCGAUGGACAACUCUUCAAUUUUUUAGCAAAAAUAUGUACGAAUUAUGAGUUCAAUGCAAACAUUUUUCGUUAGUACAUAGACUAAAAAAUUAACACAUCAUCCCUUGUUGUGUACUUCCAUGGAAUGUACUCUUCUGAAAGUGUCAACAGAAUGUCUCGACGUCGGUAUUCAACAAAUCAAAAGAACGAAAGCCGACCCUUCAUACCAUCGAAAAUUCAUAAAUUAAACACAAGAACUACAAAGCUGGGAUGCUCUUGCUUUCAUAAAACGUGAUUUCCGCUACAUUUAUCUCAUAUAAUAUAUACACACAUACCUUUAGACGUAAUCGACGAAGGAAUUACAAUUUUAACAUCUACGUUAUAUUUACUAACUUUAAUAUGUUCACAGCGUAGAAUUCAUCAACUUUAGUGACAUGGACGAAAAAAAGUGCUGAUACUUUAGCGAAACAAAAAAAAAGGCUGGACCUUUUCAGUAAAACACAGAUGACUAACUUUACUAACUGCGCAUGUGAAAUCGUUAACAUUUGCUUCGUUACAUUAGCUAUCCCAAUAUACUUAGCACGUGGAUAGUGCAGACACGGGAAGCUCAUAUAUAAUUUACAUAUAGUAGCACUUUUAUUCCCUUCGCCAGAACGAGAAUGAUCGUGGAAUCAGCCCUUGUUUAUCCUUCUCCCGCUAUCUUAAUCCGUUAAAAUUCAAUUAUUAACGUGAAAAAGUGAAACUACAGUACGAAUGAGUCGUGAUUUCAUAGAAGAACAACAAACGUUGAAGAUUAAGGAUAAAACUGUGCUGUUUCCUGUGUGAUGUAAUUCAUGAAUGCUCCCUCAAGAAGAAGCUUAUUUCUGUCCAUUUAUUCAAAGGCCAAAUCAAUGUAGGUUGUACCUAAUCUGUCGUGAACUUUAGAGCAAACCAAAUUUGCACCAAUAGACAGCUCAUUGAAUCUUCUUUUACCGUCUGUAUGCCUUUGUUAAAACUGUACACGUUUAUUUUAACAUUUGUAUUGUAGCAGUAGAAAAAUAGCAGAAGUAGCAGUUCAGCAAUUGGUUGGUAUAGUUAGUCCUGUUUGGCUUGUCUAGUGAAACAUUCAAUUUUAUUCUAUAGGAAAACACUCUACAUUUAAAGAAAAUGUUCGUUUGUAACCUAUGUUUUAAGCAAAUAUUUACGGAGACUAAUAAAAAUGGAAGAGAUCACAAAA